AAAUAAAUGCUGAAUUAAGCCUGAAGAUGGAAUGGAAGGAUGUAUACCAAGAUAAAAAGAGUGAAGAAUAUCGCUCAUUGGUUAAUCGUAUAGAAAAUGAGAUAUUUGACGCAUACCGAAAAGAAAAUCGUGACAAAAUGCUGAAAGAAGUCAGAGUAAUCUCGUUGAGGUCUGGAAGCAUUAUUGUAAAGUUUCAGCUCGUUUUUAAAGAGUCCCCACAAGAUCCACUUCUUCCACUUAAGGACAAUAUCAGGGAUGGUACUUUGGGGAAUUUCAAAGUAGAUGCAAACUCCUUAAAAAUGAUCAACGAGAAGUCGGAGACCACCAAAGACAACAAACUUAUUAUCAUUCUUGUCCCGGUUGCCAUCGCUGUCGUCCUCAUCGUYACAGCCAUCGCUGUAUUGAUCUGCAGAAGUAAAGAGUAYCAAARCUACCGCUUGAGAAAGCGCUCAUCUGUUUGCKCUCCAAGCUUUUGUGAUGGUCACGAACAAAAGGAGAAAAUUGAAAUGCAAGGAUGGACUGGGGACCAAACGAAUAAUAUGGAAAGGAAUUUAGUCAACAAUUAUGUGGCGUCAGAAUCGCAUGUCAACCCUARCUUUCAGAACUAAGAGCCGAAAGCACAGCGUCAGUGAUUGCACUAAUAUAUUAGMAGUGUUUGAUUUUUAGGAGAUGUUUUCCAUGUCUUUUUUUGUAUUGAUCUUAUUACGAGUUAUCAGCUCAGUUUCACUAAGGAAAUGAGUAUUCAUGCUAAUCAGUUUUUAAGAGUGAUCAUUUUUUUAUUGUAGUCAAACAGUUGUAUAGAAGCUAUAGGACAAACACGUAGAUGUCAU